GCGCGUCCGGCGCACAUGCGCGUACACAUUGGUCGGCAGGUCCAGAGUCCGAUCCGGACAAUGGCGGAGCUGGGUGAGGCGGGCGAAGCGGAAUUGCAGCGCCUGGUGGCGGCCGAACAGCAGAAGGCGCAGUUCACUGCACAGGUGCAUCACUUCAUGGAGCUAUGUUGGGAUAAAUGUGUGGACAAGCCAGGGAAUCGCCUAGACUCUCGCACUGAAAAUUGUCUCUCUAGCUGUGUGGACCGCUUCAUUGACACUACUCUUGCUAUCACCAGUAGGUUUGCCCAAAUUGUACAGAAAGGAGGGCAAUAGGCUGUUCCUUGGGAGAAGGACAGAAGCAGCAACACACUUGUUAUUAAGCAGAUGGAAGGGCCAGUGGGGGAAAGCUGUCAACCCACUGUCAGGUCAACUUCAGUCGUGCUGAUGUUAAGAAGUAACAGAUCAAAUGUUUAAAAGUGAAAUUUAUUUGGAAUUCAGAAAUUCCACAUUGUGUCACAAUAGUUAUUCAAUAAAUGUGAAUUCUCCAACUC